AAACCCCUACUCUCCCCCCACUCGCAUCGCACCCCUCCUUUCCCACGCAAAUGCUCCUCCUCUUCUCCCCACGCCCUUCCCCUCUCAUCCUCUCCCUCCCCUCCUCCUCCACCUCCAAACCCCACGCCCGCCUCCGUCCUGUCCACGCCUCCGCCUCCCCGUCGCCGGAGCUCCUCGGAAAAUCCGCGCUCCGCCGCAUCUCCGACAAGCUCCGCAGCCUCGGUUACCUCGAGACCACCCCCGAGACCCCCUCUCCGGGCCCGAUCCCAAGCGCGAGCUCGGCGGCUGCCUCCUCCUCCCCCGGCGAGAUCUUCGUGCCCACCCCGGCCCAGCUCCCGCGCCACCGUGUCGGCUCCACCCUAGACCCGAGCUGGGCCACGGGCGACGGCGAGGCCGACUCCGCGGCGCGGCGGAGGAGGAGGCGUGGGAGGGAUGCAGGUUCAGCUUCGGCGCCGCCGUCCGCGGCGGAGCUGGCGCUGCCGCGGGACGAGCUGCGGCGGCUGCAGGGGAUCGGGAUCCGGAUAAGGAAGAGGCUCAAGGUCGGGAAGGCGGGAGUGACGGAGGGGAUUGUGAACGGGAUACACGAGCGGUGGCGGAACGCGGAGGUCGUGAAGCUCAGGUGCGAGGACGUCUGGGCCAUGAACAUGAGGCGCACGCACGAGAUCCUCGAGAGGAAAACUGGAGGCUUAGUCAUUUGGAGAUCUGGAAGCACCAUCAUAUUGUAUAGAGGAACCAACUAUAAGUAUCCUUACUUCCAUUACAGUGAAAGUAGGGAUGGUACUCUUGACGAAGAAUCAUCAGAGCAGAGCAGUUCGGGGGAUGAGGAUGAAGAUCUUGGUAUAGCAUUAGUGGAACAGAGUAUCAAUGGAGAAGAGGAUGAGAAUCAUUUACAACAUUAUAGCAGUCAUAAAGAGAGUAGUGAGAAUCCUGUUAUAGCAUAUGCAGAACAGAGGGGUGGAGUAGAGGAUGGCAUGGGAUAUUCAGAACAGAAGGGAAGCAGAGAGAAAGAUACAAAACAUCCCAUACUAUCUACUAAACAGCUUGUUUUUUAUAUGCAUGAGCGGAAUUUAGACAUUAGAACUACAGAGCAAAACAGUAUUCAAGCUCCAAACAAACAGCAUGAGGGAUCGCAUAUAAGCACCCAUGUAGAUUGUCCUAGUAAGGAUGGUGCUCGAGCUCGGUCAUCCUUAGUGGCUGGUGUUGGUUCUCCGAAUAAGUUUCGAUUACAGUUGCCUGGGGAGGUCAAACUUGCAGAGGAAGCUGACAAAUUACUUGAUGGAUUGGGUCCAAGGUUUUCUGAUUGGUGGGGGUAUGACCCCCUUCCAGUGGAUGCUGAUUUAUUACCAGCUAUCGUUCCAGGAUUCCGUAGGCCUUUUCGUCUUCUUCCUUCAGGCGUGCCACCGAAGUUAACAGACAGGGAAAUGACUAUCCUUAGGAGACUAGCUCAGCCCUUACCCUACCACUAUGCACUUGGAAGAGGCAGUAACCUUCAAGGAUUGGCUGUAUCUAUGAUCAAGCUAUGGGAAAGAUGCGAGGUAGCGAAGGUUGCAAUCAAGAGAGAUGCACAGAACAUUGACAGCAUUCUCAUCUCUGAGGAAUUGAAGGGAUUGACAGGUGGAACCCUAUUAUCAAGAGAUAAAGAGUCAAUUGUAUUCUACAGAGGGAAAGAUUUCCUCCCCCCAGCUGUCUCUCUUGCAAUAGAAAAGCGCAGAAAGCAUGGCAGUUCUACUAUCCACAAGCCCAAGCCUAACAUUGAAGGAAACACACUUAUUCAAGAUGCUUCUCAACUGAAGAUGUCAAGUGAUGUCUCAGUACACAUGCAUGAAGAGGAAACUUCUGUCACAGAUAGUAGAGCAGAAUCUCUGAAUACGGUUGCCCAGAAUGUUGAGACAAGAUUAUCUCAGGCCAUAGCAGAGAAAGAGAAGGCUGAAAAACUUCUUGAAGAACUAGAAAAGGCAUCUCAACCUUCAAAAGCUGAAACUAGAGAGGCUAUAUCUGAAGAGGAGAGGUAUAUGCUGAGGAAAGUUGGAUUGAAGAUGAAACAAUUUCUUCUGCUAGGAAGGAGAGGAGUUUUUGAUGGAACUAUUGAAAAUAUGCAUCUUCAUUGGAAGUACCGAGAACUUGUCAAAAUUAUAUGUAAAGAACAUCGCAUUGAAGAUGUUGAAUAUGCAGCUCGAAUGCUAGAGGUAGAGAGUGGUGGUAUUUUGGUGGCAGUGGAAAGAGUGAGCAAAGGACAUGCAAUUAUAGUAUAUCGAGGAAAGAACUACCAGAGGCCAUCAACUCUCAGGCCAAAAACUUUGUUGAGUAAAAGAGAUGCUUUGAAGCGUUCCAUGGAGUACCAACGAUGUAAGUCCCUGAAGCUUCAUGUGCUUAAUCUGUCAAAGAAUAUUGACUACUUGAAGGAUCAGAUGAAUUCCAGCUACUAUAACAAAGGCAUGCAUGAUCUUAGUGUCAACUCCGGAACACUACAGCAGAAAAAUGAAGAAUUGCCUGAAGUUGCUCCUGAGAAUUUUGAGUCGGAGGUUGAGGAGUGCGCUUCAGUUGAAACCAAUAGAACUGUAACAUUAACAAGAUCUGGAGUUCCUUUGGAUGAUAUGCAGAGCAAAGUCUGUUUCAACAAGCUCAAAGAAAGUUCUUCUGUGACUGCAAGUCCAUGUCUAACUGGGAGUUCAAAUGCAGUUUCAUUCAAUGAUCUGAUCAGACAUCAAAACCAACAUAGCUCUAUUGUGGCGUUCAAUCUGGAUAGUCAUAGCGAAGAUAAUUCAAAAGAUGUGGAUGGGCCAAAAUUGGAUGUGGAGUCUGCUCCUCACUUGCCUUUCAGGGCUACACCACUCUCAAAUCAAGAAAGGCUUGUGCUAAGGAAGCAAGCGCUUAAAAUGAAGAAACGACCAGUACUUUCCAUUGGGAGGAACAAUGUCAUCACGGGAGUUGCAAAAACAAUAAGAACACACUUCAUGAAGCAUCCUCUUGCUAUUGUGAAUAUUAAGAACAGAGCUGAUGGAACUCCAAUUCAGCAGCUGAUAUCAGAACUAGAGGAGGCGACAGGAUCGGUUCUAGUGUCACGAGAAAUAAACAAAGUGAUUUUGUACAGAGGUUGGGGAGCAGAAGUGGCCCAGAAAAGCUCAAAGGAAAACAGUACAAAUGAAGAAAAGGAGGUUAUAUCACCUCAGCUCCUGGAAGCCAUCAGAUUAGAAUGUGGAUUGCUCCCUGGCGAGUCAGAAUAGCUGGAUCCCACGGAUGUGUUAAAAAAGAAUCAAAACAUCUUUCGCCCGUGGAUAAAUGGAGCAUACUGGUUUGAAGGACGUGUGCAGUGAAGAACUGAAGUUGCAUGUGAACAAUGUGUGGAAAUCUGCGACCUGACAUAAUCGUGAUCAUGCCGUCGAUGCACUUGUUUGUU